CGUCUCCGGGGCGUGCUACGUCUCCUUCCGGGACCUAAGCCGCCGGCUGCAGCGGGCAGUCGAGUCCGCGUCCCGCCUCAGCGCCUUGGAGGACAUGCUGGAGAAAGAAUGAGCCAGAGGGACACGCUGGUGCAUCUGUUUGCUGGGGGAUGUGGUGGCACAGUGGGAGCUAUUCUGACAUGUCCACUGGAAGUUGUGAAAACACGGUUGCAGUCAUCUUCUGUGACACUUUAUAUCUCUGAAGUUCAGCUGAACGCCAUGGCUGGAGCCAGUGUUAACCGAGUAGUGUCUCCUGGACCCCUCCAUUGUCUAAAGGUGAUCUUGGAAAAAGAAGGGCCCCGUUCUUUGUUUAGAGGAUUGGGCCCCAAUAUAGUGGGGGUGGCCCCUUCCAGAGCACUAUACUUUGCUGCUUACUCCAAUUGCAAGGAAAAGUUGAAUGGUAUAUUUGAUCCUGAUUCAACCCAGGUUCACAUGAUUUCAGCUGCAAUGGCAGGUUUUACUGCAAUCACUGCAACCAACCCCAUUUGGCUUAUAAAGACUCGUUUACAGCUUGAUGCAAGGAACCGUGGGGAAAAGCAAAUGGGUGCUUUUGAAUGUGUCCGUAAAGUGUAUCAGGCAGAUGGACUUAAAGGAUUUUACAGGGGCAUGUCUGCGUCAUAUGCUGGCAUAUCAGAAACUGUUAUCCAUUUUGUUAUUUAUGAAAGUAUCAAGCAAAAAUUGCUUGAUUGUAAGACUGUGUCAAUGAUGGAAAGUGCUGAAGAGUCUGUGAAAGAAGCAUCAGAUUUUGUGGGAAUGAUGCUUGCUGCUGCCACCUCAAAAACUUGUGCUACAACUAUAGCAUAUCCACAUGAAGUUGUAAGAACAAGAUUACGUGAAGAAGGAACAAAAUAUAGAUCGUUUUUUCAGACACUGUCUUUGGUGGUUCAAGAAGAAGGUUAUGGGUCACUCUACCGUGGUCUAACAACUCAUUUGGUGAGACAGAUUCCAAACACAGCUAUUAUGAUGGUCACCUAUGAAUUGGUGGUCUACCUACUCAAUGGAUAGCAGCACUGGCUCCCAUGCUACAAAGGAGGGAAGACCAAAAGAUUACAAUGGAUCAUGGAAUGUUGGAGCCAGCAUAGUGGGCAGAAGGAAUAGUAGUUAGGUAACAUGUACCAUAACUGCCUGAAACAAAGUUCAGUUAAGAUAGCCACACCAUAUUACUUAGUCUUUCUGUAAUGUG